CCCUCCAUGCCUCCGCCCUCCGGGCUCAGUCGUAGGCUUGGGGGUCGGGCCAGCAACAAGUUAUUAUCACAGACAUGGGCCAAGGAACCAGAGGCCGCCCGGGGUCUGUGAGUUGAGCCUGAGGCUGCAGGAUGAGGGUCAUCAUGGGGAUAGCCAGCCUCGGUUCCCUCUGGGCAGUACUCCUGCUUCCUCUUGUGUUUGGGGUCCCCACAGAGGAGCCCACCUUUGAGGAAUCUGUGGCCUCCAAUCGCCCCAAAGGCUGUCAACGAUGCUGUGAUCCUGAGGACCCAACGUCCUCUGCUGGCCCUGGCCAUGCCUCUGUUUCCCCUUCCUUCCCCUAUGUCAUGCCUGAGGUCAGGCCUUACAUCAACAUUACCAUCCUGAAGGGCGAAAAAGGAGCCAGAGGUCCUUCAGGAACACCAGGGAAACCAGGCAAGAAUGGUACCCGAGGGGACCGUGGCCCUCAGGGUGUCAAAGGUGACAAGGGCCAGGCAGGUAACCCUGGCAGCCCAUGCCAGCUACACUACUCGGCCUUCUCUGUGGGCCGCAAGACAGCCUUGCACAGUAGUGAGGACUUUGUCACACUGCGGUUCGACAGGGUCUUUGUGAACACGGACGGCCACUUCGACAUGGCCACUGGCCGCUUCGUGGCUCCCCUGCGUGGCCUCUACUUCUUCAGCCUCAAUGUGCACAGCUGGAAUUACAAGGAGACCUAUGUGCACAUAGUCCACAACAACCAGGCGGCCGUGAUUCUGUACACGCAGCCCAGCGAGCGCAGCAUCAUGCAGAGCCAGAGCGUGAUGCUGCCGCUCGCGCCAGGUGACCACGUGUGGGUGCGGCUCUUCAAGCGGGAGCGAGAGAAUGCUAUCUACAGCGACGAUGUGGACACCUACAUUACCUUCAGUGGCCACCUGAUCAAGGCAGAGGACAACUGAGCUUCCCCCGGCCACCUUUGUAGCUAGGCAGCUUGUCGGAGGGCUGCUGGCUAGGGAAGGUUCCAGGGUUAGGUCGGAUGCUCUUCCUCUUCACUGCUUAUCUUCGUCGCUACCUGUCUCUAUCCUCUCCCCCUCUUGGCUCAUUUUCAGAGAUGUUUGGGCUUAGGUAUUCCAGGACUUUGCCAGCCUCCAGAGCGGCUCUCCUCACACACUGC